CAGAAAAUCCACGUUAUAGCAUCAAAGAGGUGUGAGGAUUCACGAAUGAGAUUUCGACUCCCUACGUAAGGUGCGGAGGAAUUGGAAGAUAAAUAAAUAAUUGAAUAAAGAUUGUAUUUUCCGAAAAGGGACAUGCUUUGGCCAUGAAUAAGGCAAGGCCUUAUCCAGACGAAAAUUUACCGUAUUUCUUUUUAAUUCCGUCGGUACAGUUACUCAAGUAGGUUUUAUUUGGUCUUAUGCAUGAAUACAUAAUAUUGUCCGAAAUUUUGAUCCUGAGUUUAGUGUAAAAUACCGUUAUUAUAUCAUAUAUAAAAUUUUGGAUUUCCAAAGAAACAAACGAACAAUAAAACUAUAAUGACCUUGAACUAAAAGUAGGGAACGAUCUGUGCUAAUACUCAUGCAUCUGGGACAGUAAAGAGCCUAACUUGAAGCAAAAAGCUUUAAGGGCGAGGGCGGCGCAUGCGCGACAGCGAGCUUACGACAUAUCGAUCGCUGCCGGGAAAUGGCCAAGAUUGCGCGCGCAGUACACAAUAUUAUAGAACAUGUUCGACCAACGAGAGCUUGCAGUUUUCCCGCGCACUGGUUAGCGCAGCGCCACGCGCAAGGCCAAACAAAGGGGCGAAGAGAGGGGUGUCCUCCGAGGGCGCGAGCUCGGCCCGGGACCCUCACAUUACGUAACAUUAAACGCACAGGACGGCGCACAAACAAUGUGAUUUUAUUUAAUCUUCGAUUUUUUCUACUGUUUUUUGAUUAUACAAUUUUUAGGAUUAGUAGUAUCGUGAUAUUAUGUUAAGUGUCGCGCGAAUAUUUUAUUUAACUACUAUAAUUUUAGAUGUUUAGUGUAGAUAUUCAUAAGAGUGAUGGAAAAAGUGUGAAAAGAAAAAAAAAACUAUUGCGCAUUAAGGAAUACACAAAAUUAAGACGUCUUAAAUAUUGAAAAUCAAAAGAUAAGUAAAAUAUCAGUGAUUAAACGUUGAACAGUGAUAGAAGCAGCAAAUAUCGAUCGAUAUAUUUGUAAAUGAGAAAGUACUUUUUAUUUAUAAGAUAUGCAUAAAAAAAUUGCGAGCUAACUAUAAAUAGUAUUGUGCUAAAUGUAACAAUACUAGGUAAUAAUUGAAUGUAAUAAUCGCAAAAUAAUAUCAUAAAAUUUUAAUUAACAAUCGUAUGUCCUGCUGAUAACUACAAAUAUGACGAUGGAACGUGACCGCGGCGAGCGCGACUACAUCGGGUUCGCGACUCUGCCUGAGCAGGUGCACCGCAAGUCGGUCAAAAGAGGAUUCGAUUUCACCCUCAUGGUAGUUGGAGAGUCAGGCCUGGGUAAAUCAACACUCAUCAACAGCUUAUUCUUAGGAGAUCUCUAUAGGAACAGAAAAAUACCUGAUGCCCAGGAUAGAAUAGAAAAAACAACAACAGUGGAGAAGAAAACAAUGGAAAUCGAAGAGCGUGGAGUUAAGUUACGAUUAACCAUAGUGGAUACUCCCGGGUUCGGAGACGCCAUCAACUGCGAGGACUCGUGGAGGGUGUGCUCUGCCUACAUCGACGAGCAGUUCCGACAGUACUUCACCGACGAAAGUGGACUGAAUCGACGCCACAUGCAAGACAAUCGAGUUCAUUGCUGCCUUUACUUCGUUCCGCCCUGGGCACACAGCUUACGUCAAGUGGACUUGGAAAUGAUGAGACGAUUGCACCGAAAAGUGAACAUCGUGGUUGUGAUAGCAAAAGCGGAUUCCCUCACAGCUGCUGAAGUGAAGCGGCUUAAGACGCGCAUACUGAGUGACCUGGAAGAACAUCAAAUACAAGUUUAUCAGUUCCCUGAAUGCGAUAGUGAUGAAGACGAGGAGUUUAAGCAACAAGAUCGUGAUCUGAAGGCCGCAGCUCCUUUUGCCGUGGUCGCGUCAGAUGUAGUACUGGAAGUCGGGGGCAAGCGAGUGCGUGGACGGCAAUACCCUUGGGGAAUCGUGGAUGUGGAAAACCCUCGGCACUCGGACUUCACGAAGCUGCGGACGAUGCUGAUCUCGACGCACAUGCAGGACCUGAAGGACGUCACCCAAGACGUGCACUACGAAAACUUCAGGGCGCAGUGCAUCUCGCAGAUAUCACAACACGCUAUGCGGGAAAGAGGGAAAUUGAAGAGAGACUCGAUGGGCAACAACAACGAAGUAGCUUUCACAGAUACCGACCGCCUGUUGUUGCAGAAGGACGAAGAGAUUCGUCGCAUGCAAGAUAUGUUGACUCAAAUGCAAGAAAAACUCAAAGCUUCCGAUAAAAAACAUGACAGUAUUAUAGACGUAUAGUAAAUAGACUGCAAUGUAGGUAAAUAGUUUAGUAUUACAAAUUACCUAAUCACAAACCUAGUUCUAAUAAAUUAUAAAAGAAAACCUCUUUAGAAUAUUCAGAUGAAUUUAGAUUUUUAUACAAUAGUUUAUACUAUGGUGGAAUAAUUUUACGAAAUAUAGUUUUCAACAACAUACAUGAUUUUAAAUUGUUAUGUAUUAUACAUAGAUAGUUGUAGUUAUUAGGAAUGUUAUUCGUUGUGUAUGGCCGUCACUUUGAAAUAUGAGACCAGAAAAGUAGUUAUAAUUUAUGCAAAGAAGAUAAGGAGUUCCUUGCUCCAAAAGUGGACGCUAUGCCAUGAGGAAGCAACAGUUGUUUUCGGUAUGCCAUGUCUAAUAUAAAUUGAUGUGUACAAAAUUGGAACGCGCGAUAGACACAACUUCCGUGGGGCGCAGGACCGAGCCAUUUUUGGAGGGAGACAAAAAACAGCUACUUAUUCACUGAUCAGAAAAUUGUCAUACGACCUUCAAAAUAGACAAAAUUUAUGUACAUUUUUGCAUUAUGAUAAAUAUAUACAAUACUUAGUUAAAUUUUACAACCAAAGCACGGAAUUAAUAUCUAAUUAUUUUUAACUUUUCUUUAUUCCAUGAGCAUAGAUAGGAUACACACAUGAUAUAAUAUAAUAAUUGUAAUUAAAACAUGUCAGUUACAUUAAAUGUAUAGUUCUUUAGACUGUUCUACGAGAUUUGUUAGCUAAAAUUUUUCUGGCAUGUGAUUCAUGAUAUAAUGCAAUUUAGAAUUCGCAUCAUAGACUUUUAGAAUUGAUAAUUUUCGAGUGUUCAAGUGUAUAAAAGUAUUGAUACGCGAUAUAAUUAUAGAUUUAAAACUUGUUUUAACAAUAACAACGUAGAAAAAAUAUAUGGUAUGCAAUAAGUAUCGAUGAAUGAAAAAAACUUCAACAAUGAAGUCUGUCCGAGAAAAGUUUCAUAGGUAUUAAAAACGGUCCAACGUUUAUAAUAAGCUUGCAAUAAUUAAAUGUAUAAAACGAUUAAACCUACUACAAUUUCAACCCAUUGUUUUAAAAAAUAUCAACGACAAAAUAUAAUCAGGCAAAUAUACUUACCUACUUACUAUUUAUUACAGCAAUAAGAUUUUAUAUGAUCGUUUUACUUACAACUUUUAUUCUAAAUUAAUUCUAAAUUAUUAACUCUAGAGUCAUAUACAAAAGCCACAAAUCACUACCUACCUAGGUAUACCAAAGCGUUUAAUGUAUUGUGAAUUUUGUAUCGAUUAUUGAUUUAAAAUAGUAAAUUGAUACUUUACCAAAA